AGCAGUAACUAUUCUUCUUCCCUUCCGCUAGCUGACAAGAACAACACAUCGAAAGGAGACGACGGAUCUUUGUGUUUACAAGUUUUUUAUGCUAAAUAAAUUUACGUUGAAGUACAACAACCUCUAAUAUUUGCGUAUGGCUGCUGUUACAUUGUCCCCAGGGCCAUCUGGGUCAGAUGGCAAACAACGUAAGAGGAAAAAUGGACAAGAAUCAGAUGAUGAGGACAGUCAAGGAGGAUCGUAUGGAAAUGGACCAGAAAGUGCUGAUAAAGAACGUUUUGCUAGGGAAAGCCAUUGUGAAAUUGAGCGCAGGCGGAGGAACAAGAUGACAGCUUACAUUAAUGAGCUCUGCGAUAUGGUCCCCACCUGCAGCACUCUGGCCAGAAAGCCAGAUAAGCUCACCAUUUUACGCAUGGCAGUUUCCCACAUGAAGACACUGCGAGGAACAGGGAACACCAACAGUGAUGGGUCAUACAGGCCAUCCUUCCUGACAGAUCAGGAAUUGAAACAUCUUAUCCUAGAGGCAGCUGAUGGGUUUUUAUUUGUUGUUCAGUGUGACACUGGACGUGUUGUCUAUGUGUCAGACUCUAUCACCCCUGUGCUGAAUCAAAGUCAGGCUGAUUUGUUUGGUACCACUUUGUAUGACCUGACUCACCCAGAUGAUGUUGAAAAAGUUAGAGAACAGCUGUCCACGAGCGAGUCUCAGAACACAGGCAGAAUACUCGACUUAAAAACUGGUACAGUCAAGAAAGAAGGACAUCAGUCCUCAAUCCGCUUGUGCAUGGGAUCCAGACGAGGUUUUAUAUGCAGACUGAGAAUGGGCAGUGUCCAGCCAGACCCAAUGACAGCGAAUCACACAGUGCGCAUGAGGCAGAGAAACAUUUUGGGACCGGCAUCUGAUGGCAACCACUACGCUGUGGUGCAUGUCACAGGCUACAUAAAGAAUUGGCCACCUUCGGCGGGCGUGCAAAUUGACCGUGAUUCUGACGAGCAUGGAGGCAGCCAUUGCUGCUUGGUGGCAAUUGGCCGUCUACAGGUGACCAACACCCCAAACUGUACUGACAUCAUGGGACCGACACCCCCGACAGAGUUUAUUUCCAGACACAGCAUGGAUGGAAAAUUUACUUUUGUUGAUCAGAGAGUGACACCUGUUCUUGGGCACCAGCCUCAAGAGUUACUUGGUAAAAUUGCCUUUGAUUUCUACCACCCGGAAGACCAAACACAUAUGAAAGAGACUUUUGAACAGGUGCUGAAGUUGAAGGGUCAAGUGAUGUCCAUUAUGUAUCGUUUCCGUGCCUCCAAUGGGGAUUGGGUGUGGUUACGCACCAGUAGCUUCAGUUUCCAGAAUCCGUACACUGAUGAAGUGGAAUACAUUGUCUGUACAAACACUUUGGUCAAAAGCUCACAGGGCCAAGUCACUCCCAUUCACAAUCAAGCUGAGCAGGCUUCUGAUGGUGGAAUGCCUUCUAUAUCGUCGUACCCCGGUGGCUCCCGAUCUUUGCAGGCUGAUCCUAUGGGACUGGGUGCAGCAGCAGGAGCCAGCAAGCCGGGCGAGUAUACUGCGGAGAUGUACCACAUGAGCCAGCGCCCAGCCAUGCAGUCCGAGGUCUACUCUGGCUACCAGUCGGGGGCUGGCAUCAAGUACCCGGUCCACGCUGCUGGCACGCCUCCCCAAGCCAUGAGCUCGCUGGGCAUGCGGCGAAGCCCUGCACAGAAUACAGCUGCUGGUGGCUGGACCCACCAGGGCACCUUCGCUCGGGCUGAUGGGGCUGCGGACUAUGGAGCUUCAGCAGCAGGACAUGGUCACUUCAAUGCCAUCAGCCCUGGAAAUAAUGCAUCUGGUGCCAUGUGGUCUCAGUGGCCGUCAGCGGAUGCUACCUCUCAGCAGCAACAACAACAACAACAACAGCAGCAGCAGCCCCACCCAACACAGCAGGAGGAGUUCAGCGACAUGUUUGGCAUGCUGAACCAGCCCUCCGCAGAAUUUGCAGAUCUCUCUGGAAUGUUCACAAACUUCACAGAGUGAUCAAGAUAUAAAUGUGGGGUGGUGAUGAUACUCGUUUCCUUGGAAAAUCGUAAUAGAAGAAAGGUAGCUGCGGCAACUUGGAACUUUGAUGAGCUUGCAGGCAAAAAUAUUUCUCUCUCACUGUAAAGGAGAAUAAAAAAGAAGUAGCGCCAUGUUACCGGUGUCAGGAGUUCUCAGGUGAUGAGAGGGAAAAGUGUUGCCUUCUGUGGUUUGGAGGACAGAUAUUCUCAGUUGACAGGAGAGUAUUGUUCGAAAAGGCCUUUUAAAUGCAGAUGACUAAUGCCUGAUCUGUUAUAGUCCAUGUACUUUGUUUUCUUGCUCUUAUUUGCUUGUUGAAAUUUAAGUACAUAUUCCUGUUUGCUUUAAAGCCUUUAAGUGAAAAAAUUGUGUUCUUGUUUACUUGAUGUGCUUUUAGCAUUUUUUGUACGCACAGCGCAAUUGCAAAUGAUUUAAUUAUUGUGUUUGUUCAUGAUCGUAUUGUGUCAACUAAUGAAACAAGUAUAUUUUUGAGAGCUCUUGUCUUUUUUUGAAGGUAUGACAUUUUCGAGGGUGCACUUACAGGACUUUUUUGUAUGGGGUUGUUCAAGUUCUUUCAGUGCAUCUGAAGUACUUUUCUCCUUCGAGAUUUGAUCAGCAAUAGAAUACAGAAUUGUCAAUGAUUUUGAAGUUAAUGAAUGGUCCUUUUUUGGUUAAUUUUGCACAAAUUUAUAUUACUGCAAUUUCUUUUUAGAUUUUACUCUUCUGAAAGGGAAAGUAUUUUUUACAAGCUUGCAUCCGACAGAUUUUGAAUAUAUGGGCAAUUUUCAGUUGUAGUCUCUAUUACUUGUUUUUGGUGGGCAGUUCUUGUCUUUUUAUUGAAAAACCAAAGAAUUGUGAUCUCCAUUUUUGAAAUGGCAAGUCAAAUGGGAUGUGAGAAUCAUUUGGGUCGGUCAUUACUUGGAUGAUGUUGAGACAUACUUCACACAUUAAAAUAAUAUGGCUGUGCGUACCUGUACAUACAGUGGAUGGCCGGUCUCUCAAUCACUUUUACCGCUCACAGAUGCUGAACUUGUGCAGUCCGGUCAUAUUGUAAGGGCUGCAUUUACAAGAAAUCGAACUUUGUUUCAAGGAUUGCAAAGUGAAAUUAUAUUUUGUAUUAUAAGAACAGAAAAUUUGCUUUCCUACUAUCUUGUCAUUCAGUUUGUAUUUUUCAAGUGGCAUUUGCAAUUAACUUGGGCAUAUUUUACACGAUAGACAGAUUUUCAGAAGUGUUGGACGUCAAAUUGUUGAUUAGUUGCUUGUUAGAAAACUGGGUACAAAGUAUUCCUUUCGUUCCCUUUCUCACUUGAAGUUAAAUAAAUUGCAGUGGUUAUUACAUACUCAUGUUCAACAUUGGUCUAGUCAGAAUAAUGUCUUUGCUAUCAGGAAUGGUAAUUCUUGUAGAUUUAAUUUUACUGUUUUUCUCCCUUUGUUUUUAAAGUCUUCUGAAAAAUGUUCACUUUGUGUUAGUGAUGGUCUACCAUUUUUAAUCAACAGAGUUCUAAUGAGUCAAUUUUUACCUGUAUAGAAACUGAUACAUGUUUUCUGAUCUGGUUAAUGUGGAACCAUUUACCCUUUGUUAAUGGAGUGGGCAACAUUUCACAGGGACUUGGGCUCAGCUGUAUAAAAAGUAUUCUUCUGAGAUUAGCCGCUUGAUGUAGAAUGUUAAUUAGGAAUUAUUUAUUUUUAGUUGCACACUUUUUUAAAGAUGUCUUGACCGUAGCUCACUAUGCACAGAAAUUUAGCUAAUGAGCUGUUAUAUCUAUGUUCAACGUGUUUAUAAUGCUAAAUAACAGUUUCCCUGCCGUGUACAUAGUGUAGUGUGUGGGUUUUAACAGCCUUGAGAGGCACUUUGUGCUCCCCGUGCUGUGACCACCUUGUGCCUUUAGCGUAUGAUGAGAAGAGAAGUAUCAGACAGCACAGCUCAGCAACAUGCACUCGUCACUUGACCAUCCACCCUUUCGAGGAUUACCUGUGUUGAGAGUUGUUCUACUGGUACUGAAUAAAUUCUGUUGCGAUACAUGGUUGUUUGAACUGUUUUAUGAAAUUACCUUUUCAGAAAACAGUCUUGUACUUGCAUUAAUGGUGCGGUCAUGUGAAGAUAGAUCUUUUAAGUGCAAGGGUAAAAUUAGAUUUAGAUGCUCUAAUCUCUGACAGUACUGCUAAGUAUUACAUAAUUCCCUCAACACGUUACAGUGAGAUCCUCUCUUUCUCGUUUCAUCUUUAAAUGGACACCCCAGUCUCAAGUGCGAAAGCUGCUGCUUGCCGCAGGUCAACCAGGCUUCCAUAGAGUUUUGGGUCUCCCUUCCUGGGGUUGAGCCAAUAUUUCCUUCUAAGUGCCUCGAGUAUUGGGCAGGCCUGUAGUAAAUGGUUUCCUAUUUGGCUGCUGGUUCCGCUUUGACACUGCUAGUGAAGUCAGUCAAUUUCAUGCAAGGUCUUCAGUGUGAGAUUAGCUUGUUUGAAUUUUAUGAUUUUAUAGUUACCUUUGUGGUACUGGUGAUAUAUAAGAAUAUAGAUAGACUUUUGAAAACUAGGAUGUUUAUUUCUUCACAGCUUUCCUUUAGUGUUUUAGUCUAAUGAAUCAAAACGUCACCGCUUGUUAUAAGUUUCAAAGCUGCUAAUUAAUUGAUUGCUUAACAGCUGCUACAACGACUUGUUCUUCCCAAAAUAGUUACGUAUUUACAAUGUGUAAACAGUAAAGGGAAAAUAAGGAAGCUCAGUUUGCAUGACCGUGAUGAGAUUGACAAACAUUUGGAAUUUUUUUCUUUUUGGAUACAAAUAGCUGACAGUUUUCUUUGUUAAUUUCUAGGUGUCAAGUAUUAAUGGUACUGAAUAAUUCCAUCAUGGUACAUAGUUUACUUGAACUGUGGUUUCUGUGUAUAAAAUUAGCUUUUCAAAGAACUUACAUCCUGUUAAUGGUACUGCCAUGUGAAGAUGUUUCUUUCAAGUGAUAGAGAAAAAUUAGAUUCAGGUGCUCUAAUCUUUGAUAGUAUAGCUAAAUUGUAUACUUUGGUUCGACCUCUUGUCGAAGUACCUGGGUUGGUCCGAAGUUGGUGCAGGUGGCAUGGUAAGUGAACGUUUGAACUUUUUGGUCCCUGGAUAAGUGGAAGUGAAUGCCUAACGGUUUUUGCAUAGACAAAGGGUUUCUGGUGUGUGGAAAUGAUUUGGCAUCUAACAGUGGAAGAAAUUUAGGGCUGUGAAGGCUAGCUACGCUGGUCAAAUUUUAUUUAUCCAUCUUUAAGAUUGAAGAGAGAUCUUAGAGGAUAAAGGAAAUUUCCAUUAAAAAUGGUUUAUGGCUGUCCUAUUGGCAAGGGAUGCUUUCCCAGUUGCAAAAUGGGCCAUUAACAGAAAACUCUUUUAAAACAUUUUACUUUGAGUUGGCAGGGAAAGUUGAAGACGUAGGAGGAAGAAGAAGACUCAAACUUGUGAUUACCCUCUCCUGUGGUGGCUGCUUAUCACAGCUUCUCUUUUGUAGGGUUCUCUCAAUCUUGUCCUGCAGUCCUAUCUUUUUAAAAAUCUUUUUUAGCAAGAAGUUGUUCUAUUUUCGUAGAUGGCCUGAUGGUUAUGAUGUUUGUAAUUGUUAAUAUUAUAUUUGUGCUCUACGAGCAGUAUGUUCUGUAUUUGAAUUGGUAACAUUUUGUUGGUUCUGUUAACUCUUAUGUGUCUUGUAUCAGUUCUUGUGACUGAUACUCAGCACUCUACUGUGUUGUGUGGUACAGAACAAGUUGCUGGUAAUUAGAGACAUGGUUUUUGUUGUACAGUUUUUUUAUCACGAUUGCUUAAUUUGCUGGAAAAUUCCUAUGAUUUGAUAAUUUCUUUCUCUUGGAGGAAAGGAACAGCGAAGACGAAUCUGUCUGGCUAUUCAGUUUCUACAAUAGCACCCACAAUUUGAAUGGGGACAGUGCAGAGAUUUGCUAUUUUGAACAGCCUGGGACAGUACUUAAAAUAUUACUUAAGGGAGUUGAUUUAUUUUUUUGAUACCUUGAAUACUUUUUUUUUGGUGUGGUGUUUUUUUGUGUUUUUUUAAAGUUAUUAUGAAUGUGGGAAAAACGAUUUUUUUUUGUUCCCUUCAAAACUUUGACUUUGUUAGCUGCCUGAAGGAAUAUGAGGAAAAUGAGCCUCAUUCUCAUCUUGUGACGAACAUCAAGAGGUCAAACACUGGAAAUUUCAGUUUUACUCUUCCUGCCAAAUGAUAAAUAGUAUAUUCUGGCAGUAGGUUUUCACACGAUCAAUUUGUUUCGAGGCGACUGCCACUCUGAGACAUUCCUGUAGGUUUUCUCCCUCUGUCACAGACGAGAGAGAUUCAGCUUUGUGGAUUAUCUUUAACUUGGUGCUAUGGCAGUGCUCUUGUUUUGUUUUGGUAAGAGUUUUACGGCGCUUGCAACUGUGUAAGGUCACACAAACGCUCUGAAAAUUAUCUCUGGCACAGAAGGUUCAUAGAGCUUUUGAUGUUGUGCCGAGCUCAUGGUAGGAUGUUGGUUUUUGUUUUCAACCUGAUAUGUUUACAAAAAUGCCUAGAUGAAUGGUCGGUAAAAGGUUUUUUUCUCUUCGGGUUUUUGUUGCAGGAACUGUACUGUAUGUCUCAAAUUGAGAAUAUUUAUAUCUGUUCUUGUUUUCUGCUCUCUGUAGUUAAUUAAAUUGUACUGAACAGCAUUUUUUUUCCAAUAUCAUUUACUUUGUACUGGACUAUGGUUGACUUUUUUGUAUAAAUCUUGUGUGCUCGUAAGUUGUCUGGUCAGUAUGUUUGUAUGUCUCAGCGUAUUAUUGUUUUCAUUAAAGUGCCAUUGUCGAAAGAAAAAA